GCUACUUAUAUACGAUUGAGGAGGGAGAGAUAAUGAGAGAAAUAAGAGAGUAAGGAGUAGGUAGCAGCAAGAAGAUCCAGAGUUGUGCUUAUUUUUUAAGUCAUGGCUUGCAAGAAGGAAGAGCUUUUUCUUAAAAUCUUGCUGUUCCUCAGCAUACUUAUAUCAACCCGAGGUAGAAGGUUCCACAAGCCGAGGCACCCACAUCUCAAGAAUGCAAGCAGCUUCUUAUCAACACCACCACAAGGUUAUGACUACAUCAUAGUGGGUGGAGGCACAGCAGGGUGCCCCUUAGCUGCCACCCUUUCUCAGAGAUACAAAGUUCUGCUGCUAGAGAGGGGUGGCUCCCCCUAUGGCAAUCGCAACAUCUCCUUCAUGCAGAACUUCCACAUCUCUCUGGCUGACAGGUCUCCCACCUCCCCUUCUCAAACAUUCAUUUCCACCGACGGGGUCAUCAAUGCCCGAGCUAGAGUCUUAGGUGGGGGGACUUGCAUUAAUGCCGGGUUCUACACCAGAGCAAGCCCGAGCUUUGUGAGGGGGGCAGGUUGGGAUGGUGAGCUGGUCAAUGAGUCAUAUCCAUGGAUCGAAAAGAGGAUUGUCCACUGGCCCAAGAUUGCACCAUGGCAAACCGCACUGAGGAACGGGCUGCUGGAAGCUGGCGUGUCACCAUUCAAUGGAUACACCUACGACCAUUUGUAUGGGACCAAGGUUGGCGGCACCAUCUUCAGCAAGAAUGGCUUCCGACGCACUGCUGCCGAUCUGCUCGCCUCUGGAAAUAGAAUGAAUCUCAGAGUUUUGCUUCAUGCCACAGUUCAGAAGAUUAUUUUCGAUACACAAGGGCAGCAGCCCAAGGCAGUGGGAGUACUGUUCAAGGAUGAGUAUGGCAUGCAACACCAAGCAGUCCUUAAUGAUGAGGAGCGUAGUGAUAUUAUAUUGUCAUCUGGUGCAAUUGGCAGCCCUCAUUUGCUCCUUCUGAGUGGAAUUGGACCCAAGGAAGAUCUCAUGAAGCAGAACAUUUCAGUGGUGCAAGACAACCGGCAUGUCGGAAAAGGGAUGUCAGAUAACCCCAUGAAUUCUAUUUUCAUACCCACCAAGAAGCCUGUGGAGCAGUCCCUGAUACAGACCGUAGGGAUCACGAAGGUUGGUUCGUUCAUUGAGGCCAGCAGUGGCUUCGGCCAAUCACCGGACAGCAUUCGCUGCCACCAUGGAAUCAUGUCAGCUGAGAUUGGGCAACUCUCCACCAUCCCUCCAAAAAAACGUACUCUGGAAGCAGCCAAGGAAUAUGCUAGGAACAAAGCGAGCCUGCCCCGAGAGGCAUUCAGAGGGGGCUUCAUCCUUGAGAAAAUUGACGGCCCGCUCUCCACCGGCGAACUCAGCAUCGCCGACACGGAUGUGGACAACAACCCGAACGUCACCUUCAACUACUUCAGCCACCCAUAUGACCUCCAGCGGUGCGUCUACGGGAUCAGGAUGAUCGAGAAAAUUGUGCAGACGAGGCAGUUUGCUAACCUGUCUUAUGACCAUGUCUACUCCUUGGAGAGGUUGCUGAACAUGAGUGUGAAGGCCAAUGUGAACUUGAUACCCAAACACACCAAUGAUACUGCAUCACUCGAGCAGUUCUGCAGGGAUACAGUGAUGACAAUCUGGCACUACCAUGGUGGAUGCCAUGUGGGGAAGGUGGUGGACCAUGACUACCGGGUUCUCGGCAUCGCCAGCCUGCGAGUGAUCGAUGGCUCGACAUUUGUUAACUCACCAGGGACUAACCCUCAGGCAACUGUCAUGAUGUUGGGCAGAUACAUGGGAGUGAAGAUACUGAGGGAAAGGUUAAGAGGAGGAGGAGUGUAGCUGUUACUGAUGGAGGUGUGCACUACUUUGUUGUGUUGGAAAAAAAUGUAUAACAUAGUACUAAUUCUUGCCAGGUUUCAUCUCGAAGCAUUCAAGUGAAAAAUAAGAAAAGAAAAGAAAUGGGAAAAUUCAUGUGUCUUAGCCUUCUAGGUUUCUCUCUAAAACAAUAUAUUGUACUGUGACAACUAAAUGAAAUCCGGUGCCUUUAGCUUCUUAGGAUCUA